AUGGAAAUGAUCACUCCAGUAAUAAUUAGGAAGGCAAAAAGAUCAAACCCAAUGGCAAAUGUCUUUUGUCAUGCCUUCAAAGUAUGGUUCAAAUUUGCCAUAGCCAAAAGAUUCUUCGGUCAAGAUUCAGGAGGUGCCACGAAAGAUUGUUGCUGUUGUUACCUUCUCAGCAAAACCAAAACUUUAUUUUCGGGCUACGUUACCGAUGAAGAGAUUGAGAAACGUGAGCAAGAACUAAGGAGAUCUCUUCAAAAUGACAAGAUUUUUCGAGUGAGAGAUGGAGUUUCAGUUGAAGUUGCACAGUACAAUCCACCAUUCACUCUCCCGUUUACCCGCCGCAACCGCAACGAGGUCUCUCUCGAAGUGGAAAGCAAAGAAGAUUAG